AUGAGCACGAGUGAGAAGGAGCUGGGCGGCAGCGGCGAGCCGGAGGUGAUGGUAGCUCAGGAUGAGUCGGUCAUUGAAGCUCCGGGUGUGACGGUCGUUGAAGCUCUGGGCAAGACGGAGGUGACAGCUCUGAAGAUGGAAUGCGWAGAGCUCAAGGGGAGAAUCAAAGAGCUUGAGCAGGAAAGUGAAGAUCAACGUGAGGAAACUCUUCAGGGAUUCUCAUAUUCGGUGCAAAAUUGGCAUCGUAAGGAAGCGGAGUAUCGAGAAGAAAUCACGCUACUAAAGGCAGCUGUCGACCACGGAAGAUAUCCGACGUCCUUGGAGAAAUGCCAACUGGAGACUGUGAAGGUGAAGACGAACCACACGCAAGAAGAGUGCGAGAGUCUAGGGCGCGACUACGAGAAGCUGAAGAAGCACACCCUCGAACUGCAUAAACGUCACAAAGCAACACGGGAAGCAAAUGAGGCGAUCAAGAAGGACACCCAAGACCUCUACCGAGCAAAUGGAGAAUUCGCAGUUGAGGUUACAAAAGGCAUGACAGAACGACAGGCUUUAAAGGACAAAGUCCUGCAACUUUCGGGACAGAAACAGGCUUUGGCGAUCGAAGCCCGGCGACUAUUGCUGCAACGACAGGAUUACGCACUACAAGAAGAGAACAAGUCACUACAAAAAGGGAACAAAAGACUGCAGGAACAGAACAAGACAUUGGUGGCGGAUAACCUCCUCCUUCACCAAGCGAAGGAAGAGAUUGCGGACACAGUCAAACGAAGUAUGCUCGUCUGCAUCGCAGCCCAAGCUCGCAGCGACCGAACGAUCGCGGCUUUGAGCAAGAUAUUUGUGGAGCAACAAGAAUCCAACAAGGAGGAGGGAAUCACAGAGACCGAGAGAAUGGUCAUCGACCAUUGUCUGCGACAACUCACGCACGAAGAGCAAGCGAAGUUUUUGUGCGAGUGUGGAUCUCUCGAUGGAGGUUUCGUAUUCCGCAACCAAGUUCGGAGAGAGAUGGAUGCCAUUGCAAGGGAUCCAGAGCGGCUGGCCGGACUGAUGGGCGAGCAAGAAGGCACGAAGGCUCCAAGUCAGGAGCAGCAACAGCGAGAGAAGCGUAAGCCAAAGCCAAAGUUCAGAAAGCGUUGA